CCCUCGUUCGUGGGGUCGAUCUUUGGUAUACGAGAAUUUGCCUUGAUGUGGCAUCGUAAAGACUCAGACAUUACACCGUUGGGGGAGAAAUGCCUCUAGGCUUCUGUCAUGUAGGGCAGACUUGCAAUUUACAAGGUAGGAAUGUUGGAUAUAUAAUGCCUUGGGAUCCUUCCAUCAGCUCUCAUUCCUCAUCAUCAAAUAACAUCUUCACCAUCACAACCAACACUCCUCACACCAACACCAACACCAACACCAACACCGCAACUACUUUUUCAACACCCCAAACACCAAUCAAUCAAUAAGAUGCUUUCCCAGUCUCUCAUCUCCAUCCUUGCCCUGACCGGCGCCGUCUCUGCCUCGCCCGCUCUCCGUCGCCAGGCCGCCAACGCCGCCUGCCCCACCGCACUCUUCGAUGGAUGCAACCCUGCCAGAAGCGCCUGCCCUGAUGGCCCUGGCACCUUCACCACUGUCUCUCCUUCCACAUACCCUACCAGCUAUGUCAUCAACGGCCAGACUGUCUCGUUGACUGCUGCCCCCACUUCGUGCUUGCCCACUGGCACUUCCAGCGCUGCCGCCAGCACUUCCACUGCCGCCGCUUCCGGCUGUGUUGCCAAGUACAACACUUGCCGCACUACUCGUGUCAACGGCCUUUCCGCCAACCAGGCACAGUGCGCUGCCGACAACGCUGCCUGCCAGGGAGCUUGCUACACCGCCUACAACACCUGCAGAACUACUCGUGUCAACGGUCUCUCCGCCAACCAGGCUCAAUGUGCUUCUGAGUACGCUGGAUGCCUCGGCGAGAACCCCUUCACCGAGGGCUACUCUACCCUGCCUGGCGCUCCCGCUAGCUCCACCGCUGCUGGCACCACCGCUGCUCCUUCUACCAUGACCACCUCGGCCGCUGCCGCACCCAAGGCAUCAAGCAACGCUGCUGCCCCUGGCAGCAACCCCAAGAAGGUCGAUGGCAAGACCUGGACUCUCCAGAACGUCAACCGCUACUGCGGCGAGACCUCCGGAACUUGCGACUACAACUUCGACAUCGUCGCCAACGGCGCCACCCAGCACUGCACCAUCGUGAACGCCAACAACAAGUCCUUCAGCAACCAGAAGUGCGCCAACGACAACUUCACCGUCUCAUGGGGUUACGUCGCUGAGCCUGCUCCUGCAUACGCUGUUAUCACUGUUGUUGACAAGAGCAACGAAUUGGCCUGGUUCGGUGUCAGCAACGUUGAUGGUCAGGCUGUUACUGCCUCCAACCCCAAGGGCUCUGGUCAGUACGGUAACGUUGGUCCUGAGCAGGUUUACACCUACAACUAAGCUAUUGAGCUUGAGUUUGAAUAGUUGGCGAGAAUGAAGAAUAUUGUAUAUAUUGGCACGACAGGACUGGAUUUGAGAUUUUGAUAUUGUUUAUUUAGCAAGCACACUUUCGUUAAUUGCAUGAAUCUAUUAUUUUUCACCCG